GUUAAAGUAAAACAAAACUACAAAAUAUGUGGGUGUUAAAAGGGUUAAAACCAGAAUAUUAUUUACAUCACAUCUUUGGAGCGAGGCACUAAAACUCAAAUGCGAUGUGAGCAUUGUAGUUUUAACACAUCAUAAAUUUUGAAAUAAACAAAGAUUGUUGUGUGGAUGGAUCUUGAGUUAAUGAUUGGGGCUGACAACAAAUGAAAUGUUUAACAACCUUGAAUGGCAACUUCUUUGAAAAUGAGGUUAUAGAGGGGAGAAUACUCUUAAGAAGGACCUGAAGAAAAUACAAUGAUGGUGGAACUGCUGAGGACCUUAUACAACAACAAUCUUUGAAUUGAAUAUUUGGAUUAUAUUACUACAGAGUUUGUCAGAAGUGUGAAAAUGUGGUUAUGAACACUGAGAUGCAUUUAUUUACUUGGACAUAGCCAUCCUUGCUACUGAAUAGACUGAUACAAUGAUAAUGUUAUAGACUUGUAUUCAGGAGGUAGUAGGUUAGAAACUCAGCCACGUAUUGGCAAUGCAGAAUGAGCAGUUCAUUUUCCUCGAGAGAGUACUUUCAAAUAGGAUAUGGCCAACAAGGAAUAUCACAGCUGUUGUAGCCAAAUGCUUCCCUUGACAGGCUUUACUGAUGAUAUUCCCACUUUCAAUGUGCAAGACAUAUUCACAGAAACUGGCAACUUUGGUAAUGACAAUGAUCUACCAGAUGAAGAUGAUAAUGACAGACAAUGGAAUUCAAGCAGUGUUGAUCUGACACAGGACUGUCCAAUAGUACAUCUACCUGUACUUCUCCUUAGCAAGAUAAGCAUGAAGUGUAGUGAAAAAUAUGGAGUGGUACAGUCUUACAAAGGAAAAAAGGUGUAUGGGAAACUUCCUCCAGACAUCAGGGAGGCUGUUAUGAAGACCAACCAGAAAAAGAGUUCGAUACAAGACUUUUUCAAAAAUUCACAAUGGACAAUGUAUCUUCAUUCAAAGAGGUCUACAGUUGUUAACAAGACUCAAGAUUAAAUAAGAGGAAGCAGAACUACAGAAAACAUGGCUCAAAUAACAAAGUAACAGAAUACUGUAUUGAAGAUUUUUAUUUCAAUGUGAAACUUGUGAAAUUAAACCAUAUUUAUACAAAUGUGA